AUGAGAGAAACUGUUGAGAAAAGUUUAGAUUGUGUGAAAGAAUUUAUUCAAACAUUUUGUUUUGCAAAAAAUAUGGAAAUAAUUAUUGAUCAAUCAAAUUUAAAAGAAACUCAUAAAAAAUAUAAGGAAAAUAACUCAAAUAUAAUUAAUUUAUAUUCAUCAUAUUCUAUAUGGUUAUGUAUGAACGAAAUAUAUCCAUCCUGGUUUGAUAUUUCUAUUCACCCAGCUCAAUUUGAUACUGAAUUAGAUUCAUAUGAAUGUCUUCUAAAAUACAUAAAUGAAUAUCAUGAAAACAAAUAUGAAAAAAUAAUAAAAAGUAUAAUUGACAAUUUAUCAAGCUUAACAGCACAUGAAUUUAUAGAUAUAUAUAGCUUAGUUAUUCUAGCCGCUCUUGUUUCGGAUGAUAAACAAAAACACAUAAAUAACAUUUUGUCUGUUAGUCAUGAAACCCAAAAAUAUAUACAUAAUAUUGUGGAACUUUUAGAUAAAGAAGAAAAUUUAAAUGAGGAAAAUAUACCUACAUCAGAUAAUUCUAAAGAUUCCAAAAAAGAGAAUGGAUCUAUGAAAAACGAAAUAAAACAACUAAAAGAAAAAGUAAAACUCCUUGAGAUGGAAAAUGAAAACUUAAAUAAUUCGUUAAUAGAGAAAAAUAAAAUAAUUAAAGAAAACGAAGAAAAAAUGAAUAAUUUACAAAAACAAAUUAAUGCAAAUAAUGAAAAAACAAAAACACAAUAUAUCGCACAAAUAGAAGAACAAGAAAAAAAAAUUAAUGAGUUACAAAGUAAUAUAGAAAAAGAAAUUAAGGAUAAAUUAAAUUUAGAGAAUGAUUUAAAUAAUAGAAUAAAAGAAUUAGAAGAUGAACAAAAUAUAUUAAGACAAGAAAAUUUGAAUAUUGAUAAUAUGCAAAAUAAAAUAAAUAAAUAUAAAGAAAAAUUAGAAAGCUUAAUGACUGUUCAAAAUAUAAACAAAGAAUUAGAAGAUAGACUUAAAAACAACACACAAAAAAUGGUUGAUAUGGAAAAUGAAAUGGAAAAAUUAAAACUAGAGUCAAAUAAUAUAAAAAAAUAUAAAGAUAAAUGUGCUGAUUUAGAUGCUAAUUUAAUAAAUUCAAAGAAAGAAAAUGAAAAACUUAAACAAGACAUAUUAGAAAAAAAUAAAACCCUAGAAACAUUAAAAAGAGACCUAGAUACAAAGACUUUAUCAUAUGACAUGUUGAAGAAAGAAAAAAACUUUGAUAAGUUUAACAUAGGGUUAUCCAAUGUAGAUCAAACUGAAGAAAUAAUAAGAAUUAAAAAAGAAAACGAAAAUUUAAAAAAACAAUUAGGAUUAGACACAAAUGAUCAAUUAAAAAAAAUAACCGAACUUGAAAAUGAAAUUGAUGACUUAAAAAGAAUAAAUGAAAAAUUAGAACUUAAAAUAUCAGAAAAUAUAGAUAAGGGAGAUACAAAUAAUGAUUCAUCUUUACAAGAAAAAUAUGAAAAAUCACUAAAUGAAAUAAAAGAUAAAGAAAAAGAAAUUAAAGAGCUAACUGAGGCUAAUCAAAAGAUAAUGGUGCAGAUGGCUAAUUUACAAGGAAGUUCAGAUUCUACUUUAAAAGAAAAAAUAAUCAAAUUAGAAAGUGAAUUAAUAAUGGAAAAGAAAAAUUGUAAACAAAUUGAAGAAACAACAAAAAACAAAUUAAGCAAAGAAUUUAAUGCUGUAUUACAAAUUUUAAAAGAGCAAUUGCAAAUUAGAGAAAAGGAAACGGAAUAUUAUAAGGAUACAUUAAAAACUCAGAUAAACAUUACAAAUGACGAACAAAAAUUAUUAAGUGGAAUUAUUCAUAAUUUAGGUCUAAAAUAUAAACAACUGCAAACUUAUAAUCUUUGCUUGAGAAACGAAAUAACUGGAAUUAAAUUAAGAAUGGAAAAGUGCUCAGAAUCAGAGAAAAAAUAA